CAUAGGGAAACUUCCUAUUGAUCAGUCGCCAUUUUCUGCGAUUUGCAAACUCAGCAUGCUGACCAGAAACGUAUGGUAUACUAUGUAAACUACACUGGUUAUUUGUGAUCGUACAAUAUGAGUUCAGGGUUGUCCUGGAAAACUGGACGGGAUGGUCGGAGGAAUUUUGGAGACCAUGAUGACCGUUGGGUAGACCAUGACAACAACAAUGAUCAAGGAAGAGGUGGACGUGGAGGAGGAAAGUUUCCUUACAGAGGAAAGAGUCGAGGCCGUGGAAACGGUGGAUUUUACUCUCGUGGUAGUCGUGGUAGCUAUCGCAACAAGUACACCUCAAACAGUCGCCCCUACAACAACAGGGGCAGAGGAAGUUCACGUGGCAAUUACAAAGGAGGAGGUGCAGGUCCUCGGGACAGACUAGACGACGAAGGAGACUGUGAUAUGGACAAUGAUGGGUCAGGGUCUUCAAGAUUCUCUCCAUAUGGUCGACCAGAUCGACGUGGCUCCAGAAAUGCAAGGGGAGAUUAUUCAAGCCGAGGAGACAGUCGGCGAGGAAGUGGUGGAUAUUCUAGUGGUGGCGGAAGAUUUUAUAACAAUGGGCCCCAGUGGUACAAAGUUACGAUACCAAAAGGAAAGAAGUCUGGAAAAUCAGUGCUACUUCAGUUGAUUAAUGAAAACAUACAUACUCCAUUUCUCCCGCAAAAUUUCCACUUCGAACAAGACAGCGCAGUAUUCCAUAUACAAGACAAGGAUGCAGCUGAUGCAGUCCGUGCUCAGAGUCAAAGACACACACUGCCAAAUGGAUUCAAGAUGAUUAUUAUUGUGAAGCCUUCGUCUCCUCCAACUAACUACAUUGACAAAGGCACAGUAGAAAAACUAAAGGCGGCCAUGAGUCGGAGAUAUGACUCCAGUGCUAAGCUGUUGGACCUCAGUAACCUGUACCAGGACUCCGAAAUGUCUCAGGAAAAUUUACACCUGCCCCUCAGUCGACAGAAUGUUAUGACACAAGUGGUCACAAUUAUAGAAGAGAAUAUUCCAGAGUUGGAGGGAAUUGAUGUCAGCAAUAAUCGACUGAUAUCAUUGGAACAUCUGGCGAAAUUGACAAAGAUUUGUCCAAAUAUUGUCAGAGUCAACCUUGGCAAGAAUAGUGUGCGCUAUCUGGAUGAACUGGACAAAAUCAAAGAUUGGAAAGUCGUGGAGCUGGUGCUGGACGGGAAUGAGCUCUGUGAUAAGUUUGAAGACCAAGCUGCAUAUGUUAGUGCUGUACGGAAGAAAUUUCCAAAGGUUAUGAAGUUGGAUGGACAUGACCUUCCACCCCCGAUAACCUUUGACCUUGAGACAAGUACAGAUUUACCUGUCACUAAAGGAAGCUUUUUCUUGAAUACAGAGAUCCAGGACAUUUUGGUGAAAUUCCUAAAGGAGUUUUUUACGAUAUAUGACUCUGACAAUCGUCAGUCAUUAACAGCUGCCUACCAGGAAGAGGCCAUCUUUUCCUUGUCAGCUUCCAAAAAUAAUUCUACAGACCACUGGCAAGCAGGUUUGCAGAUAUACUUUCCUGAAAGCAGAAAUUUGCUGCGGAAAUCACGAGACCCAAGUCAGAAGCAACGAGUAUUGAUGCGAGGAAAACUGAACGUCGUAUCUAAGCUGUGCCUGCUACCAAAGACUACACAUGACUACAACUCGUUUGUGGUGGAUGUUGACCAUGCCUCUCAAACCCUCCUCAGCUUCACAGUGACAGGGGUAUUCAAGGAAUCUGAGGAACGCUCUGAUCGACAGCCUGUGAGGGCGUUCAGUCGACGGUUUAUAGCCCUCCCCAGAGGUCAGGGUAUGGUGAUCGCGAAUGACAUGUUGAUGGUGACAAAUGCUUCCCCCAGCCAAGCACAGGCCGCCUUCAAGAACCCCGCCCCGACUCCCUCAUCGAGUCCUGUGCCUGACACGACUCCUGCUGCCCCCUUUCACCAGGCAGGGCCUAGCCUUACCCCUGAGCAGCAACAGAUGGUCCAGACCUUUUCUGCACAGUCACAGAUGAAUUUGGAUUUUUCAGCCAAGUGUUUGGAGGAGCACAAUUGGAAUUACGAUGGAGCCGGCCAAGCUUUCCUCUCACUACAGAAAGAGAACAAGAUUCCUCCAGAAGCGUUUGUGAAGUAAACCAGUCUUGAGCAUGGAAGGAUUAUGCUACCGAACUGAUAGGAAGUCAUACUCAAGUGGCCUAACAGCAGUCUAGCAACUGAAUAUUAACUUUCUACAGAGAGCACUGGAUAAGUCUGGACACAAAAUAGAUUGCAGGUUUAGGUCUAAUAUAUAUUACUGUUUUACACUGGACAUACAACAUACUUACUGCAGAAAUUCUGGAGUAGGCUGACCAUGCAACUUGCUAUAAACGUUCUGUUUAAGGCUGGACUUGCAGCCUUUUGCUACAGAGAUUUUGCUUAAGGCCUGUCAUAGCUUAUUCUGCAAAUCGCUGGUGUAGGCUGGCCACACAACGUACUACAGAGAUGUCUUGUUAAGUCCGAACACAACUUACUUCAGAGAUCUGUUAUUUACGCUGGUUUGUUCAGAUUGAGCCUACAUUUUCUAUAUGGAUUACUGAAAAAAAUAGAUGUACAAUUUUCUACAAUGAUCACUGAUCUAGUUUCUGAGUUACGAAAUCAUUUAUUUUUAUCUGAAUGGUAGUACAACAUGCGUGACAACAGUUUAAUGACAGUCCGAGUAUGAUUAUGAGUACUCCGUGAUGUUCCGGAAUCACCAGUGACAUUUCCAAGAACAUGAUCAAUAGACAGUUAUCUAAAUCAUGGGUGUUCUUGAACUCUGCCUGUUGUGAACUUGGAUAAUGUUUAACUGAUAUAAUCAUUUUCCAAAGUACCAAAGUAGAUUUUGGGUCAUAAACAUUGUGCAUAUUUUCAUAAAACUAAGACAUGAUUUUAGUGUGUAAACUGUGGACUGUGUAUGUAUUUUAUUGACAGGUCCUCUACUCUAUGUUAGAGUUAUAUUUUGUCCAUUCUACAGAGUCAAAGAACAAUUUGUUUGAAUCAGCAGCUCUCAGUGCAUAUUGAAAAUAUGCGAUAGAUCAUGGUUUUUAAAAAUGUGUGAAUUUUUAUCUGCAGAUAUUUGAUUUUCUUGGAAAUGUUCAUAAAUAAAUUCAUGCUAAAAAUGAUUGAUGAUCUUCACUGUAAAUAAUGUGAUUUAAAUGUCAUGAAGAGUCAUACAUAGAGUAUUUCACAUCAGUGAUGCUUCUCAAGGAGUGCUGUUUCUCCCACCCUUCACAGGUGUGUCUCCCGUUUUAGCCGGGAAAGAUCAGCUUUUUACCCCCUAGGGGGAGACAGCCUCGUGCCGAUUAGCACAUGUUCGAUUUUGACGUCAUUAAAAUGCGUCGCCGGUAAUUGCGACGUUAUCUAAAGUGAAUGACGAAAUUCAUACCCCAAAUGUGUUUUUGUUUACACUACUGUCGGUGGAGUUGUGACUGAAAUAAUAGGAUGGGAGUAAAACAAUCAUCCCCUACCUUUAAGGUGUGACAGAGAAAUCUCGGGAAUAUGAUAUUUUGGUCGUCUAACCCUCGGGUAGGGGAAGAUUCUAUUAAUCAGUAUAGAUGUAUAGAGUAUGACAGCAAAUGGCGAUUAAUGAAAUCAUGUAUCUACAGUACAAAGUAUUUUUAUCUUUUUUAUAUUUCGUUUUCUAUGAUGGAACAAUUUAAUAUCUUUUAUGGUUUUGAUAAAUUGAAGGUUGCUAUUCAGAAAAAACUGAUUUCCAAACAAUAGUAGCUAGUUUUGUAAUUUUUUGUUGCAAGAAUGUCAGUAGAGAAGUAUGUUUUGAAAUAUGUGUAAAAAUCUCUUGAAAGUAAAUGAUGUGGAUUUUUAUAAGUUUCACUGUGACUAGCAGGGUAUUUAUUUAGUUUGAAAAUAUCUAAUACAGGUUCAAUUUUACAUACAUAUUUACUGGAGGAAAAAAUAAUUAGGACAAUGUCAGUUUUCCUAAUAACUGUUAAAAUUUGUACAUAUUUGUGAUGUGAAUUGAACCUCUGCCCUUGCAGGGAAAGAAGCUACAACAAGGUAGAUUUUAUGUAAAAUUAUUACUGUGCAAAUUCAAAGGAAAAAAAUGUUAUUUAAAUAAUUCUUAUUGAAUUUUUAAAGUAUAAGAUUAGGCUGAAAUGAGAAACAUGCGAGAACUUGUAGACUUAAAUAUCAAUCUAAUAUCAGCAGUUGUAUAAAGUGUGUUGGAGUCUGUCCCGAGUGAAUGGGUAUACAGAGUGAGUUUGGGUUGGAGUCUAUUCUGAGUGCUUGGGUGUGACGUGUGAGAUUUGCUAUAACUUUACAGAAAAGGAGAGAUGGUUGUUACAGAUCAAUCAAGGAAACAUUUACCGGUAUGUCAUAUUUGUGAAAUGUGUGUUAGUUUGUGAAUACUUUUAUGAUUCGUAUCAGACAGAAAGACAAGUCUGAAUGUUACAUUAUAAAUAUUUUCAUACAAAA